AUGACGCAGGGGAAGAAGAAGAAACGGGCCGCGAACCGCAGCAUCAUGCUGGCCAAGAAGAUCAUCAUUAAGGACGGAGGCACGCCUCAAGGAAUCGGCUCCCCCAGUGUGUACCACGCGGUCAUCGUCAUCUUCCUGGAGUUCUUUGCCUGGGGCCUGCUGACGGCGCCCACGCUGGUGGUAUUACAUGAAACCUUCCCUAAACAUACAUUUCUGAUGAACGGCCUGAUUCAAGGAGUCAAGGGUCUGCUGUCCUUCCUCAGCGCCCCGCUCAUUGGUGCUCUCUCCGACGUCUGGGGCCGGAAGUCCUUCCUGCUGCUGACGGUGUUCUUCACGUGUGCCCCGAUCCCUCUGAUGAAGAUCAGCCCGUGGUGGUACUUUGCUGUCAUCUCCGUGUCUGGGGUGUUUGCAGUGACCUUCUCCGUGGUGUUCGCGUACGUGGCGGACAUCACCCAAGAGCACGAGAGAAGCAUGGCCUACGGACAGGUCUCCGCCACGUUCGCCGCGAGCUUGGUGAUCAGCCCUGCCAUCGGCGCGUACCUGGGCCGGGUGUACGGGGACAGCCUGGUGGUGGUCCUGGCGACGGCCAUCGCGCUGCUGGACAUCUGCUUCAUCCUGGUGGCCGUGCCCGAGUCUCUGCCCGAGAAGAUGCGGCCCGCGUCCUGGGGGGCGCCCAUCUCCUGGGAGCAGGCCGACCCCUUCGCGUCGCUGAAGAAGGUGGGCCAGGACUCCAUCGUGCUGCUCAUCUGCAUCACCGUGUUCCUCUCCUACCUCCCGGAGGCGGGCCAGUACUCCAGCUUCUUCCUGUACCUCCGCCAGAUAAUGAAGUUUUCACCAGAAAGUGUGGCGGCCUUCAUAGCGGUCCUGGGCAUCCUCUCCAUCAUCGCACAGACCAUAGUCUUGAGCUUGCUCAUGAGAUCCAUUGGAAACAAGAACACCAUUUUGUUGGGUCUGGGGUUUCAGAUCUUACAGCUGGCAUGGUAUGGCUUCGGUUCAGAGCCUUGGAUGAUGUGGGCUGCGGGGGCCGUGGCCGCCAUGUCCAGCAUCACCUUUCCUGCUGUCAGUGCGCUCGUGUCCCGAACUGCUGAUGCCGACCAACAAGGUGUUGUCCAGGGGAUGAUAACGGGAAUCCGGGGGCUGUGCAACGGCCUGGGCCCCGCUCUCUACGGCUUCAUCUUCUACAUCUUCCACGUGGAGCUCAAGGAGCUGCCCAUGACGGGCACGGACCUGGGGACCCACACCAGCCCGCAGCACCACUUUGAGCAGAACUCCAUCAUCCCCGGCCCGCCCUUCCUCUUCGGAGCCUGCUCGGUGCUGCUGGCUCUGCUGGUGGCCUUGUUCAUCCCGGAGCACACCAACCUGAGCCUGCGCUCCAGCAGCUGGCGGAAGCACUGCGGCGGCCACAGCCACCCGCACAGCGCGCAGGCGCCAGGAGAGGCCAAAGAACCCUUGCUCCAGGACACGAACGUGUAA